CCCAAUUCACACAAACACUACAGGUACAGCCACCUCAAAAAUGAAUGAACAAACUGGGGACACUGCUGACAACAUUCCAUUCAAUCAAAUCAGGAACUCUGUCGCUGGAAAUAACCAGAUGAAUGCAGCCGAGCUUUUCUCAGCAACAUCAGUUAUGCAACAUCCAAGGCCCUCAGGAAACGCUGUUACACAGUUGCUUAGAGAUACAGAGACUCCAUCUUCACAACACUACAUCAGGGCUUUCCAAAUACAAUUUGAUGUUACCCCACCAACCGCCCAGCAACCUGAAGGAAGGUUAACAAAUGGAGACCAAUUGAACGUUGACCAACUGAUGACACCAUCUCCACAGCCUAUGGACGCAGCAAAGUAUGACACUACCCCAAGCCCACAAAUUAAGUCAGCUUCCAAGAGGAGCCGAACAGACAUCCAGUAAAAACAUCAGUGCAGCGACAUCAUGUCAAUCAGGGGA